GUGCGAGAUGCUACUCUAGGGUAUUUCAGGCGGUGCGAGAUGGUACUCUUGGGUAUUUCAGGUGGUGCGAGAUGGUACUCUGGGGUAUUUCAGGCGGUGCGAGAUGGUACUGAAGGGGUGCGAGAUAACAUCACAAUAGGCUAG